AUGACAUCCAGAUUUGGUAAAACCUACAGCCGUAAGGGAGGGGAGGCAAACUCCAAAUUUGAAGAGGUCUUCUCCAACAAGGCCACACUGAGCACCAAAUGGGGAGAGACCACUUACAAGGCCCAACUAGGCUCUAAGCGGCCCACUCUGAAGCCUGAAGUAGUCGAGUUAUCCAAGAGGCCCCGGAUUGAGGAUGAUGACAGCUCAGAAGAUCCUUUUGGUUUUGACAGCGAUGAUGAGUCCAAGCCUGUCACCUCCCACAGUGUGCCCCAGUCUGAACUGGCUGAGGGUGAGGCCAGUAAACUACCUUCUGCUACAGUCACAGUCACAGCCACGGUCCCAGUGGAUACCAGUAGGAACUCCAACAGCACAUCUACAGGUAAGAACUGGAUGGCAGAAAACUGUCUGAUUGUUGGCCAUCAACAUGUUGGACAUGUUUUGUUAGAGAGGAUGCUCUCGGAAGUCUAGAAUGUGUCUGUCUUCAAGUGGUAGUGUUUAGAAGUUCCACCCACCUUCAGUAGAGCUGUUGUGUGCACUUUGUCACUAGCUAGAUUUCCAUCCAAUUGGCAACAGAGUUUCAUGCGAAUAUUCUAAAAUCUGCCUAAAAACAAUAUGCGGCUUUUCCCGUCAGAGAUGUUUCCAUCAAAUUGACUUGUUGUGGAUAAAAGGCUGUGCUUGAUGUUGCAGUGCACAUAAAUUACUUUUUUGGUUAAUUCCCCAUGUACCGAAAACGUUAAAAGGGUUUCCAUCGCUUUUCCAACUUUACUGAGGGUUUUGUUACAAAAAAUGUUGCGUUAUAUACAGGGCUCUAAAGUGCGACCAAUUUGGUUGCAUAUGCGACUAAAUAUUUUGCUGCCAGAUAAUAAUUGUUGUACUGAUAAGGCUUCGCUAUACUGUUGUUUCUGACUGCCCUAGAGAAAAAAGUGAGUGCAGAUUCGAUAGCGUCAUGUUUGCACCAUUACUACAGGAAAAACAGCUUGCUUUUAGCCCAACCGAGUAAAUAAAUCUUAAAACCAUGUCGUGGGCCAUUCUAAAACUACUCGUGUGUCGUUAACCAUUUGUUUACACUUGGAUCAGUCAUGUUACCUCAUUGGCUAGCUAGCUGGGAACCUGGAAACUUUACCAGUAUAUCCAAACAUUUGGGGGCUCAGAAAGAAAAGAAAAGGGAUUGCUUCUUCAGGAGAUCAAUGAUCAUAGCAAUGAAUGAAUGACAGAUUUCUUGCAUGUCGUCAUCACAAACCUGAAGUUUUUAAAGAGACUGUACAAUUUCAAUGUAAUCCAUCGCAAUAGGAAAAUAGUGCAUUUUUCCCCCACAAUGUAGACACCGAAUUUUCCACAAAUGUCUGUAAUUUCAAUGACAGGUAUUCGUAUCAACAUUUUAGAUUUUAUAAUAAACGUCUUUACAGUGUUACAUAUUAGUUUGUAGGGCACAACAUGUGCUUCAAAAGUAGCUAGAAUUAAUAUAGUCCCAAUAUACACUGACUAUACCAAACAUUAGAAACACCUACCUAAUAUUCAGUUGCCCCCACCUCAGAACCGCCUCAAUUUGUCGGGGCAUGGACUCUACAAGGUGUCAAGCGUUCCACAGGGAUGCUGGCCAAUGUUGAAUCCAAUGCUUCCCACAGUUGUGUCAAGUUGUCUGGAUGUGCUUUGGAUGGUGGACCAUUCAUGAUACCCAUGGGAAACUGUUGAGCAUGAAAAACCCUGCAGCGUUGCAGUUCUUGACACAAACCAGUGUGCCUGGCACCUACUACCAUGCCCUGUUCAAAGGCACUUAAAUAUUUUGUCUUACCCAUUCACCCUCUGAAUGGCACACAUGCACAAUCCAUGUCUCAAGGCUUAAAAAUCCUUCUUUAACCUGUAAUAAUAAUUUAGAAAACUUUCCAGGGGGUGUACUUACUUUUUCACAUGACUGUAGUCCCUUGAUAUUUUUUGAAAAGGAGAAUCAAGCUCAUCACCGUGCACGUUCACCAUCAUAACUUCAUCUGUAGCCUAAUAAACUGCAUGCUUUCCCGAGUCGUAGUGGGAGGACCACACAACAUACGGUGGUGCCUUCAGAAAGUAUUCUGACUUUUUCCAAAUUUUGUUGUUACAGCCUGAAUUUAAAAUGGAUUAAAUGUAGAUUUUUUUUGUCGCUGGACUACAUAAUGUCAUUGGAAUUAUGUUUACCAUUUUUUAAAAACAAAUUCAUUAAAACUUAAAAGCUGAAAUGUCUUGAGUCAAUAAGUAUUCAACCCCUUUGUUAUGGCAAGCCUAAAUAAGUUCAGGAGUAAACAUUUGCUUAAGAAGUCUCAUAAAUUGCAUGGACUCACUGUGUGCAAUAAUAGUGUUUAACAUGAUUUUUUGAAUGACUACCUCAUCUCUGUACCCCACACCUACAAUUAUCGGUAAGGUCCCUCAGUCGAGUAGUGAAUUUCAAACAGAUUAAACCACAAAGACCAGGGAGGUUUUCUAAUUCCUCGCACAGAAGGGCACCUAUUGGUAGAUGAGUAAAACUAAAAAAGCAGACAUUGAAAUCCCUUUGAACAUGAUGAAGUUAUUAAUUACACUUUGGGUGGUGUAUCAAUACCCUCGGUCACUACAAAGAUACAGGUAUAUUUCCUAGCUCAGUUGCUGGAGAGGAUGGAAACCGCUCAGGGAUUUCACCAUGAGGCCAAUGGUGACUUUUAAACAGUUAGAGUUUAAUUGCUGUGAUAGGAGAAAACAGGAUGAAUUAACAGCAUUGUAGUUGCUCCACAAUACUAACCAAAUUGACAGUGAAAAGAAUGAAGCCUGUACAGAAUAAAAAUAUCAAAAAACACGCAUCCUGUUUGCAACAAGGCACUAAAAUAAUACUGCAAAAAAUGUGUCAAAGCAGUUCACUUUUUGUCCUGAGUACAAAGUGUUAUGUUUGGGGCAAAUACAACACAUUACUGAGUACCACUCUCAAUAUUUUCAAAAAUAGUGGUAGCUGCAUCAUGUUAUGGGUAUGCUUGUAAUCGUUAAUGACUGGGGAUUUUUUCAGGAUAAAAAAUAAACGUAAUGGAGCUAAGCACAGGCAAAAUCCUAGAGGAAAACCUGGUUCAGUCUGCUUUCCACCAGACACUGGGAGAUUAAUUCACCUUUCAGCAGGACAAUUACCUAAAAAAACAAGGCCAAAUCUACACAAGAGUUGCUUACCAAGAAGACAGUGAAUGUUCCUGAGUGGCCAAGUUACAGUUUUGACUUAAAUCUACUUGAAAAUCUAUGGCAAGACCUGAACAUGGAUGGCUAGCAAUGAUCAGUUUAACGAAAAAUGUGCUGUUUACAUCAUGCCUGUCGUGAUUUUUAUUUUAUUUUAUCCGACGUGUACUCUACUUGCAUAAAAAGGUUGGGUGGAAACCUGGUUUAUGGUGGGAAAAUGUUUCCACAAGUGCUUGUAGAAUAAUUGUGUGUAUACAGUAGCUAAAGAACACCAUGCCUGUCUCUUGUAUUUCACUUUAUUUAUUGAAUUUUUUUUAUUAUGGAAGGAAAACUGCGUCUCAUUAUCCUUGUGAUAAUGGUGAUGAUAUCUGUGGUGUGUGGAUAUUUCUGGAGAAGAUAAAGUGAUGGGCUCCCUUGUGGGCUGUUUAGUCUCUGCUGGCAGCUUCUGUGUCAGCUUAUCUCGUCUCUAUCUGUCUCUGACAGUUCACUAAAGAUAAAUCAGGCUUUACUGCAAUGCCAUCGUCUCAAUAGGCCUGUGUCCCUUUCAUUUAGAAUUAGAUUACUGAUUAGAAAUGAUACAAACCAAACAACCGGGUUGAACAAAAAUCUGAAACAGUAAUUUACAAUGUAACGCUUGUCUUAUACUUAUAAUACUUAUUUUUUGUUAACUUGCUCUUUUAUCUCCUUUGUGCUCACAGGCAAGCAAACAUUGUCCAAUGAGGGUGCAGAAAAGAGUAGCCAGUCCUUGUACAAAAAUACAUCAGAGAGUAACCAGAAUCCUAUUGCGCAGUCCUCUGUUUCAAAGACUGUUCCCAAGGACCCCUAUGUGGAAUGGAGCUUAAUAGGGACCCAGAGGUCUUCUACCUCCUCCCCUAGCAUGGAACCUCUCCAGGAAAAAGACUCCGCUGAGGCACCAGGGCUUAGCGGGGACUCGCAGUCCUCAUUUUCCCAGGAUGGGCUCUCCUCAGGUGGGAUGAAAAGUGCUGACCAGGAGGCUCCGGCCGAGCCUGUUGUUGACAACAUCCCCCCCUCCCCGUUCCUCCUCAGGCCCUCCAACACUAGGAAAUACGUCCGGCCCAAGCCAAACAAGGCCCCUGAUGUUCCAGAUGCUUCUGCUGCUAGCGACAGCAAACUGCCCGUAGCCGCCAGUGGUCCGGCUGCACUGAUGCCCAAAAGCGUGUCCACUGCCAGCGGUAGCGGUGGCACUAAUGCUAUCACGACGGCGGCCAAACCGGCGGCUAAACCUACUGGCAGGGGUCGGGUACGGGACUACACGGUGCUGCACCCAUCCUGCCUGUCGGUGUGUAACGUCACCAUCCAGGACUCCAUAGAGCGCAGCAUGGACGAGCUCAUCACCAGCGCACCCCCUGCUGACCUGGGGGAGGCGGGACGGCUGAGGAAGAAGGCAGACAUACCUCCAGCCAAACCCACCAGGUAAACGAUUCCACUGGCUGUGGCCCAGACAAUACACUCAGACUGAGUUGCCUCCCACUGGUCCUUCAUAACAUGCUUGAUACUGCUUAAUAUUGUACAACUGUAUAUUUACGGGUAAGCGCAUAAUGUCCCUUCUUAUACCCACGCUCACGCCCAUAUGAGGUUUACCAAAUGUUUCCACUACACCUAAACCUAGUUGAAUCUGUUUUCUCGAUUUAAUUACCUCUUCUGUUAAACCUUUGACUAUGUUUUCUUGUUUUUAAUGUCAGCUGCUGAUUGAAAUUAUUCAAUUCUCCUCUUGUAACCGUCAGGUUCCGAACCACCCAGAGUAAGACCAAGAAGGAGACCAAGCUGGAGUUCUUUGGCUUCGAGGACAAAGGUGACCAGGAGGGGGAGGAGGGAGCGGACCCCGCGGCCGGUGGCAGCAGCAGCUACAAGAUCAAGUACUUUGGCUUUGACGACCUCGGUGAGAGCGACAGUGACGAAGAGGAGGGCUCCCAGGCCAAAGAGAAGAGGAAGGCCAAGAAGGCUGGAGCAGCGGCAGCAGCCGCCAUGGCAGCUAUUGUGGACAGCCCCCAGCCCAGCGACUCUCAGGACAGCCAGAGCAUCAGUAAUACAGGUGACAUAUACUGUUGAUGUUUGUCUAAAGGCAAUAAAGAGGUUAGCUGUAUGAAAAACACAGGUGAUUUGAUAGGCUAUAUCAUAGACAGUCAAAAUAGGAUCAUGCGUUGCUUACAGUCAGUUUGCCGACACCAUGUAACAGGAUUUCUAUCGUACAUGUAUUUCCAUCAUGUUGAUUCCACCUUAUUAUUGUGUUGUUUUCCCCCUCAGAUAUUCUGGAGUUUUGUGAUGACUCGAGCCCUGGUGGGUCUGAAGGGCAGAAGGGUCGCUCGGGAAAACAGGGGGACAAAUCCAAGGAGAUUGGCAGGAAGAUCUUCAGUGGGCCCAAAAAGGUGAGUGACCUAUGAAGUCUGAUUGAAUGUGUGAGAUGGAGAGUGUGUAUGGAAAGAGUCAUUUGAUUCACAGUGUAUUUGUAGCGGUGCUCAUGAGGUAACCCAGAGAUGAGGUAGAAUUGCUGUCACUAAGGGGAGUACAUGUUCAAUAAUGUUUCAAGCACUCAUGGGUGAGCAGUGGGAGAACAUUCCCAAUAAAGAGAUUAUUGUGCUGUGAUAUUGUUAUUGAUUCCAUCUGCUUUGCCUCACUGGAUAUAGAACACUGCUUUUUUUGCACGGCAGAUGAAUGGGAUAGGCGUAAUUACAUGAAUCUUCAGAAACAUCACAAGAACCUCUCGCCUCAACUCAAGCGUUUGACCAAAUCAGGUGGAAAGUCACACCAUUGUCAUAGCAGACAUGUCUAGACUGACCAUCAAAACUAGUGAUUAAGCCUUGAAAGAGGACCACUAGAUUGUUUUAAUUCCAAUAAUAAGUAUUAACUGCACCCCCCACAGUAGCUGAGUUUUUCAGCAACAGUUUAUUCGGCACUGUUAAGGAAGAGCUUCAAGUAAGCUUUUCACUGUACUGUUUACACCUGCUGUAUCCUGUGCAUGUGACGAAUAAACUUUGAUUUGAAGACCCUUUACUCUUGGGCCGAGAUUCAAACCAACUCAGAUGAAUGACCUUUAAAGAUAGACUUUUAAAGGCUGUUUCUCUGAUAUUCACUGUAAAUGCUACGGAUAUAAUCUCAAGCGUAAAUCUCCUUUAAAAGUCAAUCGCAGUUCACACAGGUCGUUUAUCUGCGUUUGUUUGAAUCCUGGCCUUUCAGACUGUAUAGCUAAAAAAACUAGUUCUACGUCUUUCCAUUCCAUUUAUAACUUUGUCAAUGGUUUUGGCACACACACACAAAAACACAGUAAAUGUGUCCACUGGUCUUGGCACGUGCGCUCUAGCCAACAGCUCACAAAUGUUUUCCCAUGGAAACACAAAGCAGACCAAACUCUUUGGUCCUAUAAAAACCUGCUGUAUAGUCGUGGUCAAAGGUUUUGAGAGUGACAUAAAUAUUAAUUUUCACAAAGUCUGCUGCCUCAGUUUUUAUGAUGGCAAUUUGCAUAUACUCCAAAAUGUUAUGAAGAGUGAUCAGAUGAAUUGCAAUUAAUUGCCAAGUCCCUCUUUGCCAUGAAAAUGAACUUAAUCCCCAAAAAAACAUUUCCACUGCAUUUCAGCCCUGCCACAAAAGGACCAGCUGACAUGUCAGUGAUUCUCUCGUUAACACAGGUGAGAGUGUUGACGAGGACAAGGCUGGAGAUCACUCUGUCAUGCUGAUUGACUUAGAAUAACAGACUGGAAGCUUUAAAAGGAGGGUGGUGCUUGAAACCAUUGUUCUUCCUCUGUUAACCAUGGUUACCUGCAAGGAAACACAUGCCGUCAUCAUUGCUUUGCCCAAAAAGGGCUUCACAGGCAAGGAUAUUGCUGCUAGUAAGAUUGCACCUAAAUCAACCAUUUAUCGGAUCAUCAAGAACUACAAGGAGAGGGGUUCAAUUGUUGUGAAGAAGGCUUCAGGGUGCCCAAGAAAGUCCAGCAAGCGCCAGGACCGUCUCCUAAAGUUUAUUCAGCUGCAGGAUCGGGGCACCACCAGUGCAGAGCUUGCUCAGGAAUGGCAGCAGGCAGGUGUGAGUGCAUCUGCACGCACAGUGAGGCGAAUACUUUUGGAGGAUGGCCUGGUGUCAAGAAGGGCAGCGAGGAAGCCACUUCUCUCCAGGAAAAACAUCAGGGACAGACUGAUAUUCUGCAAAAGGUACAGGGAUUGGACUGCUGAGGACUGGGGUAAAGUCAUUUUCUCUGAUGAAUCCCCUUUCCGAUUGUUUGGGGCAUCCGGAAGAAAGCUUGUCCAGAGAAGACAAGGUGAGCACUACCAUCAGUCCUGUGUCAUGCCAACAGUAAAGCAUCCUGAGACCAUUCAUGUGUGGGGUUGCUUCUCAGCCAAGGGAGUGGGCUCACUCAUAAUUUUGCCUAAGAACACAGCCAUGAAUAAAGCAUGGUACCAACACAUCCUCAGAGAGCAACUUCUCCCAACCAUCCAAGAACAGUUUGGUGACGACCUGUGCCUUUUCCAGCAUGAUGGAGCACCUUGCCAUAAGGCAAAAGUGAUAACGAAGUGGCUCAGGGAACAAAACAUCAAAAUCUUGGGUCCAUGGCCAGGAAACUCCCCAGACCUUAAUCCCAUUGAGAACUUGUGGUCAAUCCUCAAGAGGCAGGUGGACAAACAAAAACCCCAAAAUUCGGACAAAUGCCAAGCAUUGAUUAUGCAAGAAUGGGCUGCCAUCAGUCAGGAUGGGCUGCCAUCAGUCAGGAUGGGCUGCCAUCAGUCAGGAUGGGCUGCCAUCAGUCAGGAUGGGCUGCCAUCAGUCAGGAUGGGCUGCCAUCAGUCAGGAUGGGCUGCCAUCAGUCAGAAGUUAAUUCACAGCAUGCCAGGGCAGAUUGCAGAGGUCUUGAAAAAGAAGGGUCAACACUGCAAAUAUUGACUCUUUGCAUUAACUUAAUGUUAUUGUCAAUCAAAGCCUUUGACACUUAUGGAAUGCUUGUAAUUAUACUUCAGUAUACCAUACUAACAUCUGACAAAUAUCUCAUAACACUGAAGCAGCAAACUUUGUGAAGACCAAUACUUGUGUCAUUCUCAAAACUUUUGACCACGACUGUAUGUAAAAUAUUGUGCUAUAUCUUGGAAAAUAUAUAAAUGUGAAUCUGGAUGACAACAUAAUGAUGUUUGUUUCCAACAUUAGGGCUGUUUUCCAAAAUAAGUUAAAUCUGCUUCAUGUUUUGUUUCCUUGCCACGAUACUAAUGAGUAUCGCGAUACUGGUAUUGUCCCGACCCUAGGUUAUUCUACCAACAAAUGCGCAAAAAGUGUUUCCAAUGCCAUUUCUCGCAUGAUCUAUUUAACAGACCAAAUAUUAUCCACCCAUGUGUAGUGUAUUUUGUUUUGUCGACAUUUGGAAAGUUCACAGACAAAUCUGCUGUUUCCAUCAGGCCUGUCAUGAGUUUAUCUGACAUGUAAUGAACUCACAUUGUUGGAUGGAAGCAUGUUUUAUGGGUUAUAUAAUCACAACAUCCUCUCAAUAUAGGCAAUUUGUAUUCAGGACAUGCACUAGACUACUUCAAAAAUUGAUGGUUUUCCAUUAGAAUGCAAUGUUUGAACAUACUGAAAGGUCUACCUAGGAAAUGAAUAUAAUUUAGACAUAAAGUAUGUCUGAUUUGCAUUCCUUCCAUCACCAACUCACCACUCUAUAUCAGAUCUAAUUGUUUGAUAAUGACCAAGUGAGCUUCCUGAGACCUGGGUAGGCUAGAAUGAUAAGAUAGGAUGAACAUAAAUGUCCCAGAGUGGAAAUGUAGGGGAUUUAUAUAUUUAUUUUGGAAGUAGGCUGGUUUCUGGUUUCUGGUGACCAUUUUGUCCUGGAGUCUGAUUCUGAAAGCAACUUGUUGAUGAAAUGAGCCAUGUAGCGUCAUAGGUGUAGACGUUAUGAAGUUGCGUUCUGCAGUCUCCACCAUUCGCUCAUAUGGUGAUUAUGAUGCAAAUAAUAACAACAUGUCAGAUGUAUCUAUUACCCACUAGGUCAAGGUUUGUCUUGGUUUUAGGCAUUCAUGUUGAAUCAUGUCAACUGCUACUGUACUUACCCUGGAUCUGUGGUUAUGUGUGUGUUGUGUGCAGUCCCCUGCUAAAGCUGUGUACAAUGCCCGCCACUGGAACCAGCCUGAGCCUGAAGAGAUGCCCCCACCACCCCUGGCCCGCGCACACACUGCUCCGGUGAGAACUACUCUAGGUCACUACCAGGGCUCUGCCUAACACUGGUCGCACACACAUUCUCUCUCGCUCUAUUAAAUUUGCAAUCUCUAGCACAAAGAUAACAAUGUGUUGUCCUAGAAUAAUGCAUUGACCUAGGGCUGCAUGAUAUGGGAAGAUAAUUCAAUUUUUACUUGCAAUUAUAGAUCAAAACCCUUGAGUAAAUGUUGGAUUCAUAGAAAUAGAAUGAUCAUUCAAAUUGUGUGGUUGGACAACCGUGUGCACUUGGAAUGCCGUUUUUGUUUGGCAUGACAAUUAAUUAAAAAGUAAUUGAGGAGAUGGUUGUGACCAUAGAGAUCCUAUAUGAGAGAUCACAAUAGCAAGCAAAUUGUAUUCCGGGUGGAGAAAGUUGCGUUCUGUGCAUGGUUCUCUGUAUGGUUGCGCUCUGUAUUUACAAGUCAGUAAUCGCAUAGGUAAGGAGCCGGUAAAAUCGACUUUACAAUAACAUAAACCAUUGUCAAUGUCACAGUGCUAUUUCAUAGUGUAAUCUCGAAAUUAUCCAGCAGAUGAUGGUAAUGAGCCACUACCUCCAUUAGCUGGCUAUGUGAGGUUAGUGUGCCAAAUCCAUACAACAAUGAUAUGAUAGCCGGUCCUGUUCACUCACUCAUAGAUGAAGGAUAUAAUAUAAUCUUUUAAACAGAGGUUGUUAUUUUCUGUGUAUAACAUUACCUACUAGCAAGCAAGCAGGCAACUAGUCCAAACCUGGUAGUUAGAUGGCUAGCAGAGGAAAACAACUCUCAAAAUGUAGGCUAGGCUUAUGCAGGUCAAAAUGUAGGCUUAUGCCGGACAAGUAGCUAGCCAGUACACUUUCUGGUAGCCCCAGCGCAGGCUAUGGAACCAUCAUCGGGUAAGGAAAUAUUUGUGUACUGAUGUAGCUACCAAGCCAUCUUAUUAAUUGAAAACGAGGGUCGUCUUUGCUUGCUAACGUUACAUGACUGACAUCUGCAUUCAUCCAUGCGUGCUGGCAAGAUAGCCAAUGCAAGGCAGGACUAUCUAGCUACUGCACCCACUGGCAGGCAGCUUGUGGUUAUUUGAUGUUCCAACAAGAUAGCUGAAAAAGAACAAGACAAUAACUGGAACUCGGCUAGCUAGCUAGCUAGGUAGGUAGUUGGGGGCUACAGAUGGGCUAGCUAACAUUAGCUAGCUACUGUUUUUGCAUAAAUGCAUGCUUCAAAGUGCCGGUGGCUGAAGAUUGGAUAAGUUAAAAUACGGUGAGAUAAUUGUCAAUAUUUUCAUAAAUGGAACCGAUGUAUCUAUCUAUCCAACAUUGCAAUUAGAGCUAGCUGCCCGACUGUAUUAAAAAUAAAAAUGCAUACAAAUACAUGGCUCUGGCUAGCAUACAGGUCAGCCGCAACCAAGGCAAUGUAGCUUUGUAGCUAGCUAGCAUUUCCUCCAUGAACGAAGCAAUCAAGGUAUCUAGCUGACCAACUACAAAAAUGAACACUUGAUAACAAGAGUAGUGUUUAUGAUUUUAUAUAAAUGUUAGAAAACUGACUAUAUUCAUUAGAUAAUCUAGCUAGUCCGGCAGGUGGUCUGCAUAUGAUUUCCUAUGCUUUGACGCUCGCAAGCCGGAACUACCAGAACGGCUUUGUUAAAAAACAUUCUGAUUUGGUCUAUUAAAUUACUAGAGGGGCUAUGUCAUAACCCUUAAAAGUUGAGGGAGAAAUCCCAACCAGUCUAAUUGGAAUUAAUGCCAGUAGAGGCAUAAUCUAUAUUUUUUUCUUAUGCAGGAAAAUAAAAGUAAGGCAUGUGAUUGUCAACCUAAAAUAUGGUCAUAUAAUUAUAAAUACAGUUAAAACAUGUUUUAUACACAUUUACUGUGUAAAUAGCCUCUAAAAUAUAUGUAAACAGACCAUAAAUGUCUCAAGUUUUGUUUUCUUGGAAAGCUGUGAGUACUAUUAGAUGAUACAAUAUCAGUACUUGUUGCAUUUACAACUUGUUUAAGUCUUAUCAUCAACUGAUUUCAGCCAGUGUAUGGCUGUGGAUUGACGGCAUUGUUUGAAUGGUAUGUUGGCAUAUUGGCAAUUAAUUUGAAACAUGAAUGUAAUCAUUCUUCUUAGGCUGGCUGGCUGGCUAGCUAACAAACAUACAGUGAAGAAACUUUCUUAAAAUUCAUAAUUGUACACUAUCUUCUCACGGCACUGGAAAACCAUGGUUGACCAACUCCCUGACCAAAAUGGAUAACCUUUAGACCAUCAUAAGAAGGUUCAUGGCCAUUCUAGUAUUCAAAUUCUAAGGUUGUGACGGAGUAGGAACCAAAGUGUUGGUAAGUGUUUCCCGGGGGACCCUAAUUAGAUUUAAAUAGGUACAUUCAGACAGAUUUUAGAAUAUUCUUUGCCUUUUCCUCUCUGAUUUAAGAACAAGUUGUUGCACAAACAAUGCUGAUAUACUGCACCACAGGUACUGGCCUGUAUUAGAGCAAAAGUUUCUCAGUGGAUUUAGCUAGCCAGCUAGUUAGCUAACGAUUAGUAUUAGAGGCUAACACAUUUUUGGGGGACAUUUGCAGCUUUCUAAAACCAACUAACUACCGUUUUGCAGAAGAAGCAAAGUGAAAAGCUGCGUUGUUCUUGGUUAGAAAAAUCUGUUGACCGCAUGCUGCUGUUUGGUCAAUGCAUGCAGAGUGAAUCUUGAGCACGAGGAACUGUCUGCUUGAGUGACAGGGGGUGGGGCUUAGUGUGUAUGGGAUUAGGAAGUGGCCAAAAGAGGAGUGAUGAGAGCGAACUCAAGCAAUAAAUCUAAAGUAAAAAAAAAAAAAAAUACGGAUUUUACAGACAGCUGGCGUUCCAAAAUAGGGAGUGACUCCAAGUCCAUGUCCGGAUCUUAUAUUUCUGAGGCUCCGUGUCCGAGUGCGCAAAUUCUCGCAGUAUCUAGUGGGAAUUUGGAACUACACUCAUUUUCUCAUGCCCAAACCGGAUUAGAUACAUACCGGUAGUUAAAUUCCAAAAAUAUGAAAUUCACAAUGUCACUAAGCAGAAAAGAAACAACCAAAACAUUGAUAGACAUUGCAAUGUCAACUUGAUUUUGACAUGAGUUCAGUACCACAAAGGAGAUGAUUGUGGAAUACAGGAAAAAAUAAUAGGACUGAGCACGCCCCCAUUCUCAUUGACAGGGCUGUAGUGGAACAGGUUGAGAGCUUCAAGUUCCUUGGUGUCCACAUCACCAACGAACUAUCAUGGUCCAAAAACACCAAGACAGUCGUGAAGAGGGCACGACAAAGCCUAUUCCCCCUCAGGAGACUAAAAACAUUUGGCAUGGGUCCUCAGAUCCUCAAAAAGUUUAUACAGCUGCACCAUCGAGAGCAUCCUGACUGGUUGCAUCACCGCUUGGUAUGGCAACUGCUCAGCCUCCGACCGCAAGGCACUACAGAGGGUAGUGCGUACGGCCCAGUACAUCACUGGGGCCAAGCUUCCUGCCAUCCAGGACCUCUAUACCAGGCAGUGUCAGAGGAAGGCCCUCAACAUUGUCAAAGACUCCAGCCACCCUAGUCAUAGACUGUUCUCUCUGCUACCGCACAGCAAGCGGUACCGGAGCGCCAAGUCUAGGUCCAAAAUGCUUCUCAACCGCUUCUACCCCCAGACAAUUUGCACUGCCCCCCCCCCCCCCCCCCACCCCGUCCCCCUCUUUUACUCUGCUGCUACUCUGUUUAUUAUUUAUGCAUAGUCACUAACUCUACCUACAUGUACAUAUUACCUCAAUUACGUCGACUAGCCGGUGCCCCCGCACAUUGACUCUGCACCGGUACCCCCCUGUAUAUAGCCUCCCUACGGUUAUUUUAUUUUACUGCUGCUCUUUGGUUAUUUCAUUAUUUAUUUUUCCUUAACUUUUUUUAUCUUUGUUUUACUUAGCAUUGUUGGUUAAGGGCUUGUAAGUAAGCGUUUCACUGUAAUGUCUACACAUGUUGUAUUCGGCGCAUGUGGAAAAUACAAUUUGAUUUGAUUUGCUUGAUUUUGCAGACCCAUGACUAUGGUGUGUCGACAUUAGCUAGAGAGCGACGCUAGUCAGCAUAGGCUGCUACAUGAUAAUCAACUCGCGUUAGCUAGCUAGUGUUCGCUACCUAGCUAUCCAGCCCAGCAAGCUCUACUCCAAUGGAAACCGAUGCAACCCUGCUGGCUACGUGGCUAGCUAGAUGGCCAGUGGUGACAGUGAGGUCCAUAUGAGAUUCAAGGCUUUAAUAUGUGCCAUCGUGCAGAAAUAGCAAAGAAAAUAUGGUUGAUGAGCUAAAUUAGCUAGAAAGAUGGCUAUGACAGUUAGGCUACCAGUGUUCAUGCACAAAUACAUGACGACGCAUUGUAUAGAAGUCAAGAAGGCAUGCAGAACGGACUGCCUCUUGAACUGGACUGCCCCAUCUAGCUAGCUAGUAGAGGGGUACAAAAGCGCCGGUACACAGAUGCAUAGCUCAUACAAUUAUAUUUUGUUUUAGUCAAUAACAAUACAUGUUGCAAAGUAAAUACCUGCUUCAAAUAUAUCUCAUUGCAUUGCAUGCUAGUGCAUACAAUCUCUAGUUGGGUUUUUUUGCAUAGGAAAGGGGACUCACCCAACAUCAAGUUUGUGAGGAGGGGAUACACAUUUAUGAUGGCUAGUGACCAAGGAUGAAAAACCCGGUGACCACUAGUUGUCCUCGCAUACCCAUAUUUAGAUCAAAUGCUCUUGAUUUUUCAUCAGUACUGUGUGAAUUACAUGCCCAUCCAAUCUGCUGUUUUUAAUUUAGUUAGCCCCACCUCACCCCAGAAAUGCAAAUCAGUUGUCAAAUCAGUUUACAGAGAAAAUACAUAGAUGUAUGUUGUGUCUAACAGAUUCAUGAAUGUUCUCCAAAAUGGCCCAGAUAUGUUAAUAUAUACAAGUCAUAUGCAAUAGUGACAUUUUACACCAGUGCAGCAAGCUAGUGGACUCUGUCAAUACUGUUAAAAUCAAUUUGAUCUGUCGGUAUAUGAUGACACCUUGUAGUGGUCAUAUGGUUGAUUUCUCUUCAACCAUCAUUUUUUAAAUCUCCUCUCGCUUUUUACUGUUUGUUGUGAUCUGGUAGGCCCCUGCAAACUUUCCUGUGCAAGAACUACGAGCCAAAUGUCAGAGAUUGUGGACUAAAUAUGCUGUGUAUUGAGACGUUUUGUUGUAUGUAUUGUUUUAUGUGAUGGCAAGAUGUAUAGCUAAUGGAGAUGAUGACACAUCUAGCUAGCUACUUUACAGUUUACAACAUGCUCGCUCAUGGCUAUGUGAAUUUAUGUGUACAGACAGUUAUUAACUACAGAUAAUCAAAUAUCAUUGCAUUGUAUGAGAGCUGCGUCUGUGUAUGUGCCGGCGUUUUAGAGUCCCAUAGGACAGUCCGUCCUGGUUGUAAUGUUGAUACAACACCAGAGACGGUACGGUCUACCCUCUUUGACAACACUGGUCCUGCCAUUCAUGCAAAGCUAGCAGCAUCCUCUUUGAUAACUGGUAUACCUUGCUAGCUAAUUUAGCUAAUCAAACAGUAUUUUCUUUGCUAUUUCUGCACAAUGGCACUUCUUAGAGCCUUGCAUCUCAUAUGGACCUCACUGUCACUGCUGGUCAUCUAACUAGCCACGUACUCAACAUGGUUGCAUCAGUUUCCAUUGGACUAGACUAGAGUUUGCUCGCUAGGUAGCUAAUGCUGGCUAGCUAGCAUGCUAAUGUUAGCUAACGACGAUACACCAUAGUCGUGGGUCUGCAAAAUCAAGCAAAUUAUACUGAACUCAUGACAAUCAUGUUUUGACAUUGUAGUGGCUAUUGCUGUUUGGUUAGUUUUUUGCUUAGUGACAUUGCAAAUAUUAUCAUUUUGGCGUUUUAGCUCUGAUUUAAUUAGCUAUGUAUCUAAUCCGGUUUCGGCAUGAGAAAGUGAGUGAGGUCCCAAAUUCCCACGAAAUACUGCGAGAAUUUGCCUGCUCAUGGAUACGGAGCCCCAGAAAUAUAAGAUCUGGUCACGGAUUAGGCGCCACUCCCUUCAAAAUAUCACAGCCUCUUGCGAUAUGGAUAUUGCGCAUGUCAAUAUCGCAAUUUUGAUUAAAAUGGGAUUAAUCGUGCAGCCCUACAUUGACCCAAUAGCAGCCUCACCUAAAUGACGAAAUCUAAAUCACUAUUAGCUGUAUUCUGUUUAGUCCAGACUUGGAACGUGUCCCAAUAGGAAACAAUUCAUAUAAGGGCACCUGGAAUGAAAGUUGUUUGUCUAACUUUUUCAAAUGUUUUCUGCUUUUUGGCUCUCCAGGCCAGCAUAUCAAGCGGAAGCAGCAAGGACACCAACUCCCACAAAGAUGACUGUCUGUUCAAAGCUCCUCCCCCACCGCCCAAAGUCAUCAAGUCUGUGACCAUCCCCACUCAGCCUUACCAGGACAUCGUCACGGCUCUCAAAUGCAGAAAAGAACACAAGGAGGUGGGCCGGGCAUGCUGGGGGAUAUUUCACGCCCUCAAGACAGUCAACAUGAUCUUUUCACUGUCAACAUCCCCCAAACGCUCAUCUGCUAUUUUUAUUACUUGUUUGCAUGCUGUUAUGGAUUUAUUAGUCUCUUUAUUCAUUUCAGACACAGUUUAGACUGUUAAUGUCCAUUUGGAGCGCAGUGUAAAGCUUGUCUUUGUUAAUUUAAAACAGCAUGGGCUGGUCAGGGCCUAAGGAGCAUCUUGUUUUAUUAAAGAGCGACUGACCCUACAAAGCAACUUCUCGUUUUGAAAAUGGCCUAUGUGGCAUCGUUAUGAGUCAGAAACAUUUAUUUUACUGUCAAAAUUGACUACAAAGUGUAAAUAGGAUAAUUUUGAAGUCAGUCUCGUCCUAAACAGAGAUUGGAGAGAUGAUUGGAAAAAAUGGUAUGUCACGAAAUGAAGGGUACCGUAACAGUUUUCGUUGGGUUGGGUUUAUUUCAAUCCCGCCCACAGCUGGCAUCACCUAAGUAUUAAUCAAACCGCUGCAUUUCUUAAUGACCAAGAUGAAUCCGGAAGUUCAGCCCCCCUUUAAGGCCUAGCUACAGCUAGCAGAUGUGCCUUCUGGCUCUUGACCAGACGGUUAGCUGCACAUCCCCCUUGCCAAGAGGGACUGAACCGAAGCUAUCUCGUUGGGCAGUGGAAACACAGACAUGGUCCAAUCGCUAGCAAGCGAACACACACACAGCUGAUCAGACACUUCCACUCCCAGUGGUGUCCUUGAUGAGGGGGUAUUAGCCCAGUCAGCUAAUGGAACUGAUGGAGUAGAGCCACUUUGCAUGCUGUGUGACAUUUCUUUCCUUUUCUGGACACUCACAAAUACACAGAGCACCAUUUUGGAACUUGCAUGGGAUAAUAUUCCUCCUAUUUUAAAUAUGAUCAGGUUUUUUUCUGGAUCAAAAUGGGUCUUAGGUGGUUGACGUGUCCCCUGUCACACCGACAGGGGGCCAAUGGUGUGGUUGCCGACCAAACAUUUUAGAGGCCCUCCUGUUGGCCGCAGUGACAAAAUAUAGCAGUUUUAAAGCUAUUUCCUGCAAUUCUCAACAUUUUGCCAUAACUUAUGCUAUCUAAGUGACUCAAACAUUAUUACAAAAUUACAAAAUCAAUGGGGGCCUAUGCCAUGGCAAAAAUACUCCUGAAUGCAUCAUUUUUGGAAUUUUAGAUUCUCACUGACUAUAGCUUUUAUUUUGGUGAUUUGUUGUUCUCAAAGAGGAUGUUAUAUAGGUCCAUUAUCUUUUCUACAUACUUUAUAUCUUGUUUUAGUUUAAGUUUACACAACAUUUUUCCAUCCUGGAAAUUAUACUUAAAAAAUAUACACUGCUCAAAAAAAUAAAGGGAACACUUAAACAACACAUCCUAGAUCUGAAUGAAUGAAAUAAUCUUAUUAAAUACUUUUUUCUUUACAUAGUUGAAUGUGCUGACAACAAAAUCACACAAAAAUUAUCAAUGGAAAUCAAAUGUAUCAACCCAUGGAGGUCUGGAUUUUGAGUCACCCUCAAAAUUAAAGUGGAAAACCACACUACAGGCUGAUCCAACUUUGAUGUAAUGUCCUUAAAACAAGUCAAAAUUAGGCUCAGUAGUGUGUGUGGCCUCCAUGUGCCUGUAUGACCUCCCUACAACGCCUGGGCAUGCUCCUGAUGAGGUGGCGGAUGGUCUCCUGAGGGAUCUCCUCCCAGACCUGGACUAAAGCUUCCGCCAACUCCUGGACAGUCUGUGGUGCAACGUGGCGUUGGUGGAUGGAGCGAGCCAUGAUGUCCCAGAUGUGCUCAAUUGGAUUCAGGUCUGGGGAACAGGCGGGCCAGUCCAUAGCAUCAAUGCCUUCCUCUUGCAGGAACUGCUGACACUCCAGCCACAUGAAGUCUAGCAUUGUCUUGCAUUAGGAGGAACCCAGGGCCAACCGCACCAGCGUAUGGUCUCACAAGGGGUCUGAGGAUCUCAUCUCGGUACCUAAUGGCAGUCAGGCUACCUCUGGCGAGCACAUGGAGGGCUGUGCGGCCCCCCAAAGAAAUGCCACCCCACACCAUGACUGACCCACGCCAAACCGGUCAUGCUGGAGGAUGUUGCAGGCAGCAGAACGUUCUCCACGGCGUCUCCAGACUCUGUCACGUCUGUCACAUGUGCUCAGUGUGAACCUGCUUUCAUCUGUGAAGAGCACAGGGCGCCAGUGGCGAAUUUGCCAAUCUUGGUGUUCUCUGGCAAAUGCCAAACGUCCUGCACAGUGUUGGGCUGUAAGCACAACCUCCACCAGUGGACGUUGGGCCCUCAUACCACCCUCAUGGAGUCUGUUUCUGACCGUUUGAGCAGACACAUGCACAUUUGUGGCCUGCUGGAGGUCAUUUUGCAGGGCUCUGGCAGUGCUCCUCCUGCUCCUCCUUGCACAACGGCGGAGGUAGCGGUCCUGCUGCUGGGUUGUUUCCCUCCUACGGCCUCCUCCACGUCUCCUGAUGUACUGGCCUGUCUCCUGGUAGCGCCUCCAUGCUCUGGACACUACGCUGACAGACACAGCAAACCUUCUUGCCACAGCUCGCAUUGAUGUGCCAUCCUGGAUGAGCUGCACUACCUGAGCCACUUGUGUGGGUUGUAGACUCCGUCUCAUGCUACCACUAGAGUGAAAGCACCGCCAGCAUUCAAAAGUGACCAAAACAUCAGCCAGGAAGCAUAGGAACUGAGAAGUGGUCUGUGGUCACCACCUGCAGAACCACUUCUUUAUUGGGGGUGUCAUGCUAAUUGCCUAUAAUUUCCACCUGUUGUCUAUUCCAUUUGCACAACAGCAUGUGAAAUGUAUUGUCAAUCAGUGUUGCUUCCUAAGUGGACAGUUUGAUUUCACAGAAGUGUGAUUGACUUGCAGUUACAUUGUGUUGUUUAAGUGUUCCCUUUAUUUUUUUGAGCAGUGUAUAAUGUUUUACUGUUUGGAUACAGGCGGCCCGAAGCAACAUAGGUGGCCUGCCCAAUACAUUUCUUUGCAUAAAAAAAUCCUGAUGGUUAUUUUUGCUCAAUGCUCAGUACCAUUUGCUUGUGUAAAUGUCGCUCAUCGUCUCAUUAUCUCUCCCACUUGCAGCUGUACACGGUUGUGCAUAAUGUGAAGCACUUCAACGAUGUGGUAGAGUUUGGUGAGAACCAGGAGUUUACUGAUGACUUUGAGUACCUGGAGACCGGUCUAAAGAGCAGCCAGCCACUCAACACACGAUGCCUUAGGUAAGACAAACCCACUCAAUAUUGUCCACCUUGGGAAAGGAUCUUACCUGAUUUAACAUCCCACCUUCAAUACAUUUCCAGCUAUAUGCUCAAGUCUAGAAGACAUGGACAGAUUUAGUAUUAUUUAUACUUGUCCACUCAAUCUUCUAUGUACCCUUCUCCUCUGAACUUCUUGAAACAUCCUCCCCCUCUUGCUCACUGUCUAGUAUAAUCAGUCUAGCCGCAAGGUGUGCAAUGCCCAGUUUCCGGAUGCACCUACGGGCCAGAGGGAAGGUGGCUCAGGUCUUCAAGAUGUUGAAUGAUGCCCCGCAGCAUCCGGUAGGAAUCUGUUCAAAUCUACAACCACAACUGACCCAAACUAAUAACAGUAACUGACCCAAAAUAAAGGGCUCCAGUGUGUUUCAAUUAACCUCCCUCUGCUUAUUUGUGGUGGUAGCAUGACCUACUAUUUGUCCUGUAGAUACUUCAAAGUUCGCUAUUUGAAUAUACAAGGACAAGAUUCAAGGACUUCCCCUGCCACCAGUUGCUUCUGAACUCAUUGUUGCCCAUCCCGCUCUCCCUUCACUCGUCUCCAGAACCUGGCUCUGUGUACGGCCUCUCUGAUGUACAUCCUAAGCAGAGACAGGUUGAACAUGGACCUGGACCGGGCCAGUCUGGAGCUGAUGAUCAGACUGUUGGAGCUGGAGCACGACCACUCGGGCCACCACCAGGACCAGCUCACUGCCAAGGAGAUGACCAAGGUCAAGGAGAAGAUCCGCAAGCUGUGUGAGACAGUCCACAACAAGCACCUGGACCUGGAGAACAUCACGGUAUGCAGGGACAAUCAGAAUAAUGAUCAUGUUUAAUAAUUAUAAUAUUUAUAAUGAUGGUGAUUGUGGGUUGGAGUUCUAUAGCACUUUAUUUUGUUUGUUUUGCAGUCGUGUCACUUGGCCAUGGAGACCCUGUUGUCUCUGACCUCAAAGAGAGCCGGUGACUGGUUCAAAGAGGAGCUGCGCUUACUGGGAGGCCUGGACCACAUUGUAGACAAAGGUGGGUGUUUGUGUGCGUGCAUGUUGUGUUGAACUGUCGGAGCACCUUUCUGCGCCAGAAGCAGACUUUUUCUAGUUGUCCUUGUUCCUAUAUUUGACAGUUGCAUCUUAUCAAGGUCAACUCACUUUGUUACACUAUAGUCAUUGGCAAAACAUAUAUAUAUAUAUAUAUAUAUAUAUAUAUAUAUAUAUAUAUAUAUAUAUAUAUAUACACACACACACACAGUGGGGAAAAAAAGUAUUUAGUCAGCCACCAAUUGUGUAAGUUCUCCCACUUAAAAAGAUGAGAGAGGCCUGUAAUUUUCAUCAUAGGUACACGUCAACUAUGACAGACAAAAUGAGAAAAAAAAAUCCAGAAAAUCACAUUGUAGGAUUUUUAAUGAAUUUAUUUGCAAAUUAUGGUGGAAAAUAAGUAUUUGGUCAAUAACAAAGUUUCUCAAUACUUUGUUAUAUACCCUUUGUUGGCAAUGACACAGGUCAAACGUUUUCUGUAAGUCUUCACAAGGUUUUCACACACUGUUGCUGGUAUUUUGGCCCAUUCCUCCAUGCAGAUCUCCUCUAGAGCAGUGAUGUUUUGGGGCUGUUGCUGGGCAACACAGACUUUCAACUCCCUCCAAAGAUUUUCUAUGGGGUUGAGAUCUGGAGACUGGCUAGACCACUCCAGGACCUUGAAAUGCUUCUUACGAAGCCACUCCUUCGUUGCCCGGGCGGUGUGUUUGGGAUCAUUGUCAUGCUGAAAGACCCAGCCACGUUUCAUCUUCAAUGCCCUUGUUGAUUGAAGGAGGUUUUCACUCAAAAUCUCACGAUACAUGGCCCCAUUCAUUCUUUCCUUUACACGGAUCAGUCGUCCUGGUCCCUUUGCAGAAAAACAGCCCCAAAGCAUAAUGUUUCCACCCCCAUGCUUCACAGUAGGUAUGGUGUUCUUUGGAUGCAACUCAGCAUUCUUUGUCCUCCAAACACGACGAGUUGAGUUUUUACCAAAAAGUUCUAUUUUGGUUUCAUCUGACCAUAUGACAUUCUCCCAAUCCUCUUCUGGAUAAUCCAAAUGCACUCUAGCAAACUUCAGACGGGCCUGGACAUGUACUGGCUUAAGCAGGGGGACACGUCUGGCACUGCAGGAUUUGAGUCCCUGGCGGCGUAGUGUGUUACUGAUGGUAGGCUUUGUUACUUUGGUCCCAACUCUCUGCAGGUCAUUCACUAGGGUCCCCCCGUGUGGUUCUGGGAUUUUUGCUCUUCGUUCUUGUUCUGGGAUUUUUGCUCUUCGUUCUUGUGAUCAUUUUGACCCCACGGGGUGAGAUCUUGCGUAGAGCCCCAGAUCGAAGGAGAUUAUCAGUGGUCUUGUAUGUCUUCCAUUUCCUAAUAAUUGCUCCCACAGUUGAUUUCUUCAAACCAAGCUGCUUACCUAUUACAGAUUCAGUCUUCCCAGCCUGGUGCAGGUCUACAAUUUUGUUUCUGGUGUCCUUUGACAGCUCUUUGGUCUUGGCCAUAGUGGAGUUUGGAGUGUGACUGUUUGAGGUUGUGGACAGGUGUCUUUUAUACUGAUAACAAGUUCAAACAGGUGCCAUUAAUACAGGUAACGAGUGGAGGACAGAGGAGCCUCUUAAAGAAGAAGUUACAGGUCUGUGAGAGCCAGAAAUCUUGCUUGUUUGUAGGUGACCAAAUACUUAUUUUCCACCAUAAUUUGCAAAUAAAUUCAUAAAAAAUCCUACAAUGUGAUCUUCUGGAUUUUGUUUUCUCAAUUUGUCUGUCAUAGUUGAUGUGUACCUAUGAUGAAAAUUACAGGCCUCUCUCAUCUUUUUAAGUGGGAGAACUUGCACAAUUGGUGGCUGACUAAAUACUUUUUUCCCCCACUGUUUAUAUGUGUGUAUAUAUAUAUAUAUAUAUAUAUAUAUAUAUAUACAGUGAGGGAAAAUAGUAUUUGAUCCCCUGCUGAUUUUGUACGUUUGCCCACUGACAAAGACAUGAUCAGUCUAUAAUUUUAACGGUAGGUUUAUUUGAACAGUGAGAGACAGAAUAACAAAACAAAAAUCCAGAAAAACGCAUGUCAAAAAUGUUAUAAAUUGAUUUGCAUUUUAAUGAGGGAAAUAAGUAUUUGACCCCUCUGCAAAACAUGACUUAGUACUUGGUGGCAAAACCCUUUUUGGCAAUCACAGAGGUCAGACGUUUCUUGUAGUUGGCCAACAGGUUUGCACACAUCUCAUGAGGGAUUCUGUCCCACUCCUCUUUGCAAAUCUUCUCCAAGUCAUUAAGGUUUCGAAGCUGAUGUUUGGCAACUCGAACCUUCAGCUCCCUCCACAGAUUUUCUAUGGGAUUAAGGUCUGGAGACUGGCUAGGCCACUCCAGGACCUUAAUGUGCUUCUUCUUGAGCCAAUCCUUUGUUGCCUUGGCCGUGUGUUUUGGGUCAUUGUCAUGCUGGAAUACCCAUCCACGACCCAUUUUCAAUGCCCUGGCUGAGGGAAGGAGGUUCUCACCCAAGAUUUGAUGGUACAUGGCCCCGUCCAUCGUCCCUUUGAUGCGGUGAAGUUGUCCUGUCCACUUAGCAGAAAAACACCCCCAAAGCAUAAUGUUUCCACCUCCAUGUUUGACGGUGGGGAUGGUGUUCUUGGGGUCAUUGGCAGCAUUCCUCCUCCUCCAAUCAUGGCGAGUUGAGUUGAUGCCAAAGACCUCGAUUUUGGUCUCAUCUGACCACAACACUUUCACCCAGUUGUCCUCUGAAUCAUUCAGAUGUUAAUUGGCAAACUUCAGACGGGCCUGUAUAUGUGCUUUCUUGAGCAGGGGGACCUUGUGGGCGCUGCAGGAUUUCAGUCCUUCACGGUGUAGUGUGUUACCAAUUGUUUUCUUGGUGACUAUGGUCCCAGCUGCCUUGAGAUCAUUGACAAGAUCCUCCCGUGUAGUUCUGGGCUGAUUCCUCACCUUUCUCAUGAUCAUUGCAACUCCACGAGGUGAGAUAUUGCAUGGAGCACCAGGCCGAGGGAGAUUGACAGUUAUUUUGUGUUUCUUCCAUUUGCGAAUAAUCGCACCAACUGUUGUCACCUUCUCACCAAGCUGCUUGGCGAUGGUCUUCCAGCCUUGUGUAGGUCUACAAUCUUGUCCCUGACAUCCUUGGAGAGCUCUUUGGUCUUGGCCAUGGUGGAGAGUUUGGAAUAUGAUUGAUUGAUUGCUUCUGUGGACAGGUGUCUUUUAUACAGGUAUCAAAAUGAGAUUAGGAGCAGAGUGUGCUCCUAAUCUCAGCUCGUUACCUGUAUAAAAGACACCUGGGAGCCAGAAAUCUUUCUGAUUGAGAGGGGGUCAAAUACUUAUUUCCCUCAUUUAAAAUGCAAAUCAAUUUAUAACAUUUUUGACAUGCGUUUUUCUGGAUUUUUGUUGUUGUUAUUCUGUCUCUCACUGUUCAAAUAAACCUACCAUAAAAAUUAUAGACUGAUCAUUUCAUUGUCAGUGGGCAAACGUACAAAAUCAGCAGGGGAUCAAAUACUUUUUCCCUCACUGUAUAUAUCUCAGUAGCAGUCAAAAGUUUGGACACACCUACUCAUUGAAGGGUUUUUCUUUAUUUUUACUGUUUUCUACAUUGUCGAAUAAUAGUGAAUACAUCAAAACUAUGAAAUAACACACAUGGAAUCAUGUAGUAACCAAAAAAGUGUUAAAUCAAAUCAAAAUAUAUUUUAUAUUUCAGAUUCUUCAAAUAGCCACCCUUUUCCUUGAUGACAGCUUUGCACAGUCUUGGUAUUCUCUUAACCAGCUUCACCUGGAAUGCUUUUCCAACAGUCUUGAAGGAGUUCCCACAUAUGCUUAGCACUUGUUGCCGGCUUUUCCUUCACUCUGCCGUCCGACUCAUCCUAAACCAUCUCAAUUGGGUUGAGGUCGGGGUAUUGUGGAGACCAGGUCAUCUGAUGCAGCAUUCCAUCACGAUCCUCCUUGGUAAAAUAGCCCUUACACAGCCUGGAGGUGUUGGGUCAUUGUCCUGUUGAAAAACAAAUGAUAGUCCCACUAAGCCGAAACCAGAUGGGAUGGCGUAUCGCUGCAGAAUGCUGUGGUAGCCAUGCUGGUUAAGUGUGCCUUGAAUUCUAAAUAAAUCACAGACGGUGUCACCAGAAAAGCACCCCCACACCAUAACACCUCCUCCUCCAUGCUUUACAGUGGGAACUACACAUGUGGAGAUCAUCCGUUCACCCACACCGCGUCUCACAAAUUUGGACUCCAGACCAAAGGACAAAUUUCCACUGGUCUAAUGUCCAUUGCUCGUGUUUCUUGGCCUGAGCAGGUCUCUUCUUCUUAUUGGUGUCCUUUAGUAGUGGUUUCUUUGCAGCAAUUCAACCACGAAGACCUGAUUCACACAGUCCCCUCUGAACAGUUGAUGUUGAGAUGUGUCUGUGUCUUGAACUCUGUGAAGCAUUUAUUUGGGCAGCAAUUUCUGAGGCUGGUAACUCUAAUGAACUUAUCCUCUGCAGCAGAGGUAACUCUGGGUCUUCCAUUCCUGUUGCAGUCCUCAUGAGAGCCAGUUUCAUAACAGCGCUUAAUGUUUGUUGCGACUGCACUUCUUGAAAUGUUCCGUAUUGACUGACCUUCAUAUCUUAAAGUAAUGAUGGACUGUUGUUUCUCUUUGCUUAUUUGAGCUGUUCUUGCCAUAAUAUGGACUUGGUCUUUUACCAAAUAGGGCUAUCUUAUGUGUACCCCCCCCACCUUGUCACAACACAAUUGAUUUUCUCAAACGCAUUAAGAAGGAAAGAAAUUCCACACAUUAACUUUUAAGAAGUCACACCUGUUAAUUGAAAUGCAUUCCAGGUGACUACCUCAUGAAGCUCUUUGAGAGAAUGCCAAGAGUGUGCAAAGCUGUCAUCAAGGCAAAGGGUGGCUACUAUGAAGAAUCUCAAAUAUAAAAUAUAUUUUCAUUUGUUUAACACUUUUUUGGUUACGACAUGAUUCCAUAUGUGUUAUUUCAUAGUUUUGAUGUCUUCACUAUUAUUCUACAAUGUAGAAAUAGUUUAAAUAAAGAAAAACCCUUGAAUGAGCUGUGUGUGUGUGUGUGUGUGUGUGUGUGUGUGUGUGUGUGUGUGUGUGUGUGUGUGUGUGUGUGUAUGUGUAUAUAUAUAUACAUACAUACAUACAUACAUACAUACAUACAUACAUACAUACAUACAUACAGUGGGGAGAACAAAUAUUUGAUACACUGCCGAUUUUGCAGGUUUUCCUACUUACAAAGCAUGUAGAUGUCUGUAAAUUUUAUCCAGAAAAUCACAUUGUAUGAUUUUUAAGUAAUUAAUUUGCAUUUUAUUGUAUGACAUAAGUAUUUGAUACAUCAGAAAAGCAGAACUUAAUAUUUGGUACAGAAACCUUCGUUUGCAAUUACAGAGAUCAUACGUUUCCUGUAGGUCUUGACCAGGUUUGCACACACUGCAGCAGGGAUUUUGGCCCACUCCUCCAUACAGACCUUCUCCAGAUCCUUCAGGUUUCGGGGCUGUCGCUGGGCAAUACAGACUUUCAGCUCCCUCCAAAGAUUUUCUAUUGGGUUCAGGUCUGGAGACUGGCUAGGCCACUCCAGGACCUUGAGAUGCUUCUUACGGAGCCACUCCUUAGUUGCCCUGGCUGUGUGUUUCGGGUCGUUGUCAUGCUGGAAGACCCAGCCAUGACCCACCUUCAAUGGUCUUACUGAGGGAAGGAGGUUGUUUGCCAAGAUCUCGCGAUACAUGGCCCCAUCCAUCCUCCCCUCAAUACGGUGCAGUCGUCCUGUCCCCUUUGCAGAAAAGCAUCCCCAAAGAAUGAUGUUUCCGCCUCCAUGCUUCACGGUUGGGAUGGUGUUCUUGGGGUUGUACUCAUCCUUCUUCUUCCUCCAAACACGGCGAGUGGAGUUUAGACCAAAAAGCUCUAUUUUUGUCUCAUCAGACCACAUGACCUUCUCCCAUUCCUCCUCUGGAUCAUCCAGAUGGUCAUUGGCAAACUUCAGACGGGCCUGGACAUGCACUGGCUUGAGCAGGGGGACCUUGCGUGCGCUGCAGGAUUUUAAUCCAUGACGGCGUAGUGUGUUACUAAUGGUUUUCUUUGAGACUGUGGUCCCAGCUCUCUUCAGGUCAUUGACCAGGUCCUGCCGUGUAGUUCUGGGCUGAUCCCUCACCUUCCUCAUGAUCAUUGAUGCCCCACGAGGUGAGAUCUUGCAUGGAGCCCCAGACCGAGGGUGAUUGACCGUCAUCUUGAACUUCUUCCAUUUUCUAAUAAUUGCGCCAACAGUUGAUGCCUUCUCACCAAGCUGCUUGCCUAUUGACCUGUAGCCCAUCCCAGCCUUGUGCAGGUCUACAAUUUUAUCCCUGAUGUCCUUACACAGCUCUCUGGUCUUGGCCAUUGUGGAGAGGUUGGAGUCUGUUUGAUUGAGUGUGUGGACAGGUGUCUUUUAUACAGGUAACGAGUUCAAACAGGUGCAGUUAAUACAGGUAAUGAGUGGAGAACAGGAGGGCUUCUUAAAGAAAAACUAACAGGUCUGUGAGAGCCGGAACUCUUACUGGUUGGUAGGUGAUCAAAUACUUAUGUCAUGCAAUAAAAUGCAAAUUAAUUACUUAAAAAUCAUACAAUGUGAUUUUCUGGAUUUUUGUUUUAGAUUCCGUCUCUCACAGUUGAAGUGUACCUAUGAUAAAAAUUACAGACAUCUACAUGCUUUGUAAGUAGGAAAACCUGCAAAAUCGGCAGUGUAUCCAAUACUGAGGGGAAAAAAACGAUUUGAUCCCCUACUGAAUUUGUACGUUUGCCCACUGACAAAGACAUGAUCAGUCUAUAAUUUUAAUGGUAGGUUUAUUUGAACAGUGAGAGACAGAAUAACAACAACAAAAAUCCAGAAAAACGCAUGUCAAAAAUGUUAUAAAUUGAUUUGCAUUUGAAUGAGGGAAAUAAGUAUUUGACCCCCUCUCAAUCAGAAGGAUUUCUGGCUCCCAGGUGUCUUUUACACAGGUAACGAGCUGAGAUUAGGAGCACACUUUUAAAGGGAGUGCUCCUAAUUUCAGCUUGUUACCUGUAUAAAAGACACCUGUCCACAGAAUCAAUCAAUCAAUCAGAUUCCAAACUCUCCACCAUGGCAAAGACCAAAGAGCUCUCCAAGGAUGUCAGGGACAAGAUUGUAGACCUACACAAGGCUGGAAUGGGCUACAAGACCAUCGCCAAGCAGCUUGGUGAGAAGGUGACAACAGUUGGUGCGAUUAUUCGCAAAUGGAAGAAACACAAAAGAACUGUCAAUCUCCCUCGGCCUGGGGCUCCAUGCAAGAUCUCACCUCGUGGAGUUGCAAUGAUCAUGAGAACGGUGAGGAAUCAGCCCAGAACUACACGGGAGGAUCUUGUCAAUGAUCUCAGGGCAGCUGGGACCAUAGUCACCAAGAAAACAAUUGGUAACACACUACGCCGUGAAGGACUGAAAUCCUGCAGCCCCCGCAAGGUCCCCCUGCUCAAGAAAGCACAUAUACAUGCCCGUCUGAAGUUUGCCAAUGAACAUCUGAAUGAUUCAGAGGAGUGUUGUGGUCAGAUGAGACCAAAAUGGAGCUCUUUGGCAUCAACUCAACUCGUCGUGUUUGGAGGAGGAGGAAUGCUGCCUAUGACCCCAAGAACACCAUCCCCACCAUCAAACAUGGAGGUGGAAACAUUAUGCUUUGGGGGUGUUUUUCUGCUAAGGGGACAGGACAAAUUCACCGCAUCAAAGGGACGAUGGACGGGGCCAUGUACCGUCAAAUCAUGGGUGAGAACCUCCUUCUCUCAGCCAGGGCAUUGAAAAUGGGUCGUGGAUGGGUAUUCCAGCAUGACAAUUACCCAAAACACACGGCCAAGGCAACAAAGGAGUGGCUCAAGAAGAAGCACAUUAAGGUCCUGGAGUGGCCUAGCCAGUCUCCAGACCGUAAUCCCAUAGAAAAUCUGUGGAGGGAGCUGAAGGUUCGAGUUGCCAAACGUCAGCCUCGAAACCUUAAUGACUUGGAGAAGAUCUGCAAAGAGGAGUGGGACAAAAUCCCUCCUGAGAUGUGUGCAAACCUGGUGGCCAACUACAAGAAACGUCUGACCUCUGUGAUUGCCAACAAGGGUUUUGCCACCAAGUACUAAGUCAUGUUUUGCAGAUGGGUCAAAUUCUUAUUUCCCUCAUUAAAAUGCAAAUCAAUUUAUAACAUUUUUGAAAUGCGUUUUUCUGGAUUUUUUUGUUGUUAUUCUGUCUCUCACUGUUCAAAUAAACCUACCAUUACAAUUAUAGACUGAUCAUGUCUUUGUCAGUGGGCAAACGUACAAAAUCAGCAGGGGAUCAAAUACUUUUUUCCCUCACUGUAUAUAUAUAUAUAUAUAUAUAUAUAUAUAUAUAUAUAUAUAUAUAUAUAUAUAUAUAUAUAUAUAUAUAUAUAUAUAUAUAUAUAAUUAUUGUGUGUGUCUCCUGCAGUAAAAGAAUGUGUCCAGAACCUGAGCCAAGAAGAUGACAAGGAGAAGCUGGUGUCGUCGCUGUGGGGGGCAGAGAGGUGUCUAAGAGUACUAGAGAGUGUAAGUACAACAUUAAGGAGUGUUAGCAGGCUCAGAUGUUUUAAAUCCAUUAAUUGAAUACAACAUGGGAAAGUAAAUAGACUCUUCAAUCUCAACCUCAUCUGACCAGCUUUUAUUUGACAAUUUAAAAGGCAUUUCAAUAUCAAUGUAAUUUUUCACUCCCGUCUGUCUUCCUGUCCUUCCAUUGCAGGUGACUGUCCAGAACCCAGAGAACCAGGGCUACCUGAUCGCCUACAAGGACUCUCAGCUAAUAGUGUCCUCUGCCAGGUGAGAGAGACUGGAACACAUGCUAAUCUUUUGGCACCCUCUUUAGAUGGUGACAGAGCCCUGAUCUUUCACUCCACCUCUACUCCCUUUGUCCAGUCCCCACUCUAGUAUACUAGUAGAGUCAUGUCCUGUAUAGGACUCCGGGUUAAAUCUCUGUGCCCUCAGUUUUCCCGGGACUCAAAUCAAAUCAAAUCAAAUUUUAUUGGUCACAUGCGCCGAAUACAACAGGUGCAGACAUUACAGUGAAAUGCUUACUUACAGCCCUUAACCAACAGUGCAUUUAUUUUAAACAAAAAACAACAACAAAAAAAGUGUUGAGAAAAAAAAGGGCAGAAGUAAAAUAAAGUGACAGUAGGGAGGCUAUAUAUACAGGGGGGUACCGUUGCAGAGUCAAUGUGCGGGGGCACCGGCUAGUUGAGGUAGUUGAGGUAAUAUGUACAUGUGGGUAGAGUUAAAGUGACUAUGCAUAAAUACUUAACAGAGUAGCAGCAGCGUAAAAAGGAUGGGGUGGGGGGGCAGUGCAAAUAGUCCGGGUAGCCAUGAUUAGCUGUUCAGGAGUCUUAUGGCUUGGGGGUAGAAGCUGUUGAGAAGUCUUUUGGACCUAGACUUGGCACUCCGGUACCGCUUGCCGUGCGGUAGCAGAGAGAACAGUCUAUGACUAGGGUGGCUGGAGUCUUUGACAAUUUUGAGGGCCUUCCUCUGACACCGCCUGGUAUAGAGGUCCUGGAUGGCAGGAAGCUUUGCCCCAGUGAUGUACUGGGCCGUACGCACUACCAAAGAGGCUUUGACACUGUCAGGUGGCUGGGGAAGUCUCAUCCAUCUAAUUUGUAUGAUCUAAUCUCAUUUCUCUCUCCUCCCUCCUCCUUCUCUCUCUCUCAGCGGUUUGCGGUACUGUGUGGACAUGAUCCAGCGCUACAGCCGGGAGGUGAACAGCUCACUGUGUUCGUCAGGCACGGCACUGCCCCACUGCAGCUUUAGCAACGUGGGCAAGGCCGUGGAGGACUGCAUGAGGGCCGUCAUAGGGGUGCUGCUCAACCUCACCCACGACAAUGGUAAUAUCACUGCAUCAACACGACUUCUACAUUCGGCGACAUUGUAGCUAGCGUAUUGCGUUCCCUAGCAAGUGCCUUGUGCUCUCUGCUCUUUGUUGUCCCACUGACCUCAUUACAGCUGUGCUAGAGUCCCCAUAACCCACACCUUCUGGUGUGUUAGGGCUGUAGUACUUAAGCCUGACUGGUCUCAGGCCACAGCUGACUACUGCAGAGUGGAGGGAGUGUGGUAACUCUGGACUGUACUGUGGUUUUUAGAGUGGGGAAGCACUAAGACUGGAGAGCAGGACCAGCUUAUCAUCACUGCACUCAACUGCGUCCUACGGGUCCCACGCUACAUACCUCAGGAACAACGCUUUGACAUCAGAGUCCUGGUGAGCGCACCAGUGUGUGUGUGUGUGUGUGUGUGUUGUAGGUCUGUAUGUAAAUGUUUACACAAAUCCAAUUACCUGUAUGAUCUCUGAAAAAUGUGGGUCCUUUUACCCACUUUAUUUGAAGUGCCCACAGGUUAAUGAAUGACUAGGUAGUUAUUAAAACCGAAGCUUCAAUGUAGUAAUUUCAUGUUUGUACUCACAAUAUUUUAUUAUGGAUCUUAAUGAAGUGUAUGUCCUUGAGCUUUAUUAACAGCAUCUCUCCUCUCUCCUCCUGUGUGUGUGCUGGUACAGGGCUUGGGGCUGCUGAUUAACCUGGUGGAGUACAGUGCAAGGAACCGCCACGGUCUGGUGGAUAUGGAGUUCAACACAACCAGCCCUGAAUGCAGCCAGGGAGCGGCAGGGGGAGACGAGACCCAGACCCCUGAACCAGUCCCAGCUUCCACAGAGACCGAGAACGGGGCAGAGCCACCUACAGCAGUCCCUACGGAGGGUGAGGCAGAGGGUGCUGAGGAAAGGACCAAGGGUCCCUCUUCAGGUGCCCUGGGUGCUCUGGUGCAGGUAAGAGCUCUGUUAUAACUACAUCACCACUUCAGAAUAACUUUAAAGGAAACUUAUAGAGAAAUUAGGCAGAAUAACACAGACAAUUAAGUUACUCUUGUGAUUUUGUGUCUGUCUGUCUUUUCCUCCUUCCACAGUUCUUCCUGGAGCGGGAGCGAGCGGCCAUAUUGGCCGAGGCACAGACUGAUGACCUCAUCAGCGAGGCGCCCAAGCCCCUGGACCAGAGCGGGGAGUGGCAGGAGACGUCGGGCGAGAUCCAGUGGGUCGCCACGGAAACCAACGACAGUGAAAAUGACAAGGAGAAGGACACAAAGAAAGAGGAGGAAGAGGAGGAGCUGGACCUCAACAAAGGUAAAGAUGUGUCUCUGUGUGCAAAAUCCUAUUUUUGCUAAAGUAGUUUUCAAUAGUAUCAUUGCUCCAUGUUGAGUGUUGAGUGUUGUUCUCACUCUCUGUGGUGUUGUAGCUCUACAGCAUGCUGGGAAGCACAUGGAGGACAGCAUCGUGGCCUCCUACACAGCUCUGCUCCUGGGCUGUCUGUGUCAGGGCAGUCAGGUAAGCUUCCAGCAAACUAGCUACAAUCCUGUUCCUCGAUCCUGGCACUGGGGGUGCAGGCUUUUGUUCCAUCUCAGCACUAACACACCUGAUUCAAUGAAUCAAUUAAGGGCUUGAUUGAUGAGCUUGCAGGAUUGAAGUAUAGGCUACUGCAAACCAGUGCCAUUCUUCUGUCUUGAUGGUAGAUAUUGCAAAAUAUUAGGAAGUGAAAUAGCGGAGGGCAUGCCUCUGCAGAAGUAAAUAGGUGGGAUAUUUUAAGAAAUCUCAAUAGAUUUCACUACAAGAUCAAUAUGCGUUCAGUGUGCAGCGGAUGAUUGGAGAGGCACACGUGUGCGUACAGUUGAAGCUUGUCAAAGGCUAUUACAAUAUUAGUUACAAAAUAAAUAAUGUAUACAUAUGAACAAAUAAGUGAAAAGGUAAGGCAGCUGCAGUGCUGUACUUUGUUCAUGGUGAAUAAAAGAGAACCUGAUCGUGGCCUAUCGAGGUCUAGCUGCGGUCUAAGAAGCUGCCUCCAGAACACACAUACCGCUGCAGCAUGUUCGAAUCUGCCCCACUUUUAUUUCAGCAACUCUCUCCAUCUUUCCUCUAGACCUCUGUCCUAUCCAAUGAACAAAAAAAUAAAAAAGUACAAGAGGAGUGGGACUGCCCCAUUCCCCUCCCAAAAAAAGAUAACCUGAUCCGUAUAUACAGCAGUUAUUAUACCCAGCCAUGCAUAAUGCUGCAUCAGAAUUCACUUGUGUUAAUAGUUAGCUAUUAAACAAAACAUAAUGAAACAAUACAAAUUCAGAUUGCAUUAAAACCACCUUUAUUUUAGGUAUAUAAAAAAUAAACUAGUUAGAAGCUUAAGUGUCUCGUUGUAGCCUAUUGCUAAAUGGAAAUAUGUGGAUCUGUGGGAAAAGCUAGUAUCCUACUCCCCUAAACACCACAUCGUGACACUGACUUUCUGCUCCACUUAUAUCGGUGCAGAGUUGACCAAGAGCUGUGCAGACGCACUUAAAGGUGAGCCGGAAAUACCAAACUUGUUAUUGCUCAGGUUUUGUAGCUGGUUGCACGUAUUUUUGCGAGAGGAGAAUGUUGCAGAUUGCCACUUGAUGUGUAUUUAAAUUAUAUGUAUUUGCUUAUCUCUCCUCAGGUUAAUGUGACUAAUGUGCGGGAAAACCUACCCAAGGGAGAUUUCUCCAUCAUGACGGAAAUGCUGAAGAAGUUCUUGAAUUUCAUGAACCUCACUGUAAGUGGGCAAUGUCUUUGAUAAUGGCCUAGCAUCUCCCUUUUUCUCCCUUUACUUCAAAAAAACAAAACAGACACACAAACACAAUACAAGCUGACUUGCGUUCUACCCUCUCUCUUUUUCAACAGUGUGCAUUUGGAACCACAGGGCAUAAGUCCAUUUCUCGUGUCAUAGACUACCUGGAGCACUGUUAGCUAACCCUUCCUUGUACUCUGACUGCACAUAAGGGUCCUGCCAAAUCUGGCAACCCCAGCAGGAGGGGCUGUACAGAGAAUCCACCAGAGGUCAACAGUGUUCCCCGGCAACGCUUCAACCUGCAUCCUCAUUCUGAAGAGCAAGACACACACAAACUCAGCACUUUCUGAACCAAAGCCAUGUUAACAUGUACCAUUGAUUUGAAUCAAUGCUGUUUAAAUCUUCACACACCAUCCAACUACUGGUGAGAUUCCUAGUCGCAGAGGACAGCUUGAGAAUGCUGGCAUGUGGAGUGAGUUUUUUUUAUUUGAAUUGAAUCAAGAAUGUAAUCAUUGGUUAGCUUGAAAAUAGCACUCAUGGAUGUGUCAACAAUGUCUGUUAAGUUGUGUGGAAUGGUUGAAUGCAAAAGAUCAGUGUAUCCAUUUAAAUGUUUGCCUCUGAUGGUUGUAGAAAAGGGAAGGUCAAUGUAAAAAGCCCCUCUAGUUCUCUAAGCUAAGUUUCAGCUCUAAAUAUGUCCAUUAUCUGUAUAAGCUUACUGUCAAGUUGAAAUUCACCUCUGUUGAAAUCUUUUUUUCUUCUUCAGUGCAUCAUGCUUGUUUAAGUUCUUACAAUGGCAUGUAAUUUAACAUAAUUCUAAAUUGAUUUAAAAGAGAUCAGCAGGUCUGGAUGACUUAAUGUUAUUUAAAUCUUUGUUUUUAAAUAAUGGCACUUGAAUGCUUUUUUAAAAUUGUUUUCCUUCCUGCCCUUCCCAAUUUGACUUUACAGUAAAGAAAUUGAGUUUUGUUUGUUUUAAAUGAGCAGUUCAGACGUUUUUAAUGAUUGUGGUUUUUAUGUAUUUAUUUUACCAUUAAUGAUCCUGAUCUGAUACUGUGUAAGAUGUUUCAAGUCUCUGUGCACUUCCUUACCUUUUACAUGUUCCACCGAACAUGUCACUUGAAGUGGCUGGGUAUAAUAACUGCUGUAUAUAUGGUUUUCAUUAGACUCCGAGUCCCUGGUAAACCGGCCUGACAUUAAUAAUAACCAAACCUCAGCCAACUGGCAUAAUCCUCAUUGAAAAGGAUUGUUCCUUGCCUAUUAUAUUGUAACAUUGUUCUGUGGGCAUUGUAUCUAACCACUUCAAGU